AAAAAGAAAUAGAGAAACUAGGAAGUAAAUUUUGGGAAUUGCAAGAAAACUCUGAAGACAAUGGCGGAAGAAACGCCGGAAGGACACCUGGUAGAGUCCAUGUCGGCGGAGGAGGAGGCCUCACCCAAUAAGAAUGAUGGGAAUGAAGGGACAAGUUCGGAAGAAUCUUCACUGGGAAGGUGUCUCUCUACUUUGAUCUCUACGAUAAUUCAAGAUUUCGAUAACAGAGCUGAACACACUCUUCGCAGCCAAGAUCAACUCUCCUUCGCCCUCCAUCGUCUUACUGCAGAGCUUGAUCAAUUGUUAGAUGAUGCACCAUUGCCUUUCGUUAUGCAGCAUGCUGCCAGAAUUUCUGGUGUUAGGAAAAGGUUUACAUCUCUAAAUUCAGUUUUAAAGUCCAUACAGCGCCGCAUUGAUAAUAUAGAUCGAACCUUGUCAGCUGCCUCGCUCCAAGGAAAACAUGUUGCACGAAGAGGUGAUUGAUGGGAAUGGAGAGGAGAAGGACAUUGGAACCCUCACAAUUUUAUCUUACUGCCACACAGAGGCCUUAUUUUGCAUGAGAUGUUUUGUUAUUGGAGGUCAAUUAUCCCCCACUCGUCCAAGUUGGAGAGUUUAGAAUUGAAGCAUAAGGAGAUAAGCUCUCUCUUCGUUUUUUCCUAUGCAUUCACCUUUUCUCCUAUUUACAUUCUCCUUCCAUCAAACAAGGAAAGAUCACACUGGCUCCAAAGGCAUUUAUCUACCACCUUUGUGACAGAUUCUUGUUCUUCAUAUUGACCUGGUUGUGAUGGAUGCUGAAUAAUUCCUUCUUCAAAAUUUUUUUUUCCCUUUGAGGAGUGUAUGGGGGACAGUUCUCGGUUUCAUAUGUUGGUGCGGUCUAUAGUGGGCAUUCAAAUUCUUUAGCAAAAGGUGUCACUAAUAGGAAUCCUUGCACCAAAAGGGCCUUUUUCUGAACGCUUUUUUUUUUUUUUAAUAACUUUAUGUGAUGGUAAGCUUUUCUUAACCUCUCUUAUAGGGUGGGAAAAGGUUGACUAGUUUACUCUGCUUAUCUUUUCGUACAUGGUAAUCAUCUGUUUGUUUUCACAGAGUUUAAUUCCAUAAUACCUUGUGCUCUCUCAAACACGUACCAAUUGUUACAUUUUGCACUUGUUAACUGGAAGCUUUUGUUUGCAUCAACUGUUAAAGCUUGCUCAACGUUUCAAUUUCUUUUUUGCUCAAUGGCAUCUGGCAGAGAAAGUGCUAACAGAAGGCGGGGGAUCACAUUAAGUAAGCUACAUCUGACGUUCAUCGCUCACUGCUACAUUGUCAUGGUGGAUACUUUGUGGGACAAACAAUUAAUGUAAUUCAGAAAUUUGGAGCAGAUUGCUUUUGUAGGCUUGUUUCUGAAAUUGAUGAUCUGAAUGCACAGGGCCUCAGAUUUGUCCCCUAGUUUCUUGAAUGCACAGGGUCUUUUUAUACUCCUUUAUGGUUCUGUGUCUGACUUUUUUCCUGAUGUCUGCAAUGCAAUGCCCAUGCAUGGUGUAGCCCCUUUCA